AUGCUGCGAGCGGAGUUCUUGAAGCUCCACUCCUCUGGGGGAGGCCAAGCCGGGAGGCAGCCUUCUUACCGGGCGGAGAGCGUGCGAACUGGAAGGGAUCCCGAGGGCUGGCUAGGCAGUCGCAGGUCCUCUCCGGAAAAGCGGUUGCUCUCGCUUCGGAGAUGCGCCCAGCCUUCGCCUGCAUCACACUGCAAUUCCACAAAGAAAUUAAAGGAUGUUCUUGAAGAAUUCCAUGGUAAUGGUGUGCUUGCAAAGUAUAAUCCUGAAGGGUUGUCAGCAAUAGAGAUAAUGAGUAUAAAUUAUCUGACGUUAACACGUGUAUUCUUUCUUUCCUUGCAUGCACAGAAACAAGACAUUCUUAACCAAACAAUAGAUUUUGAAGGUUUCAAGCUAUUUAUGAAGACAUUCCUGGAAGCAGAGCUUCCUGAUGAUUUCACGGCUCACCUUUUCAUGUCAUUUAGCAACAAAUUUCCUCAUUCUAGUCCAAUGGUAAAAAGUAAGCCUGCUCUCCUUUCAGGCGGUCUGAGAAUGAAUAAAGGUGCCAUCACCCCACCCCGUACUUCUCCUGCAAAUACGUGUUCCCCAGAAGUAAUUCAUCUGAAGGAUAUUGUCUGUUAUCUGUCUCUCCUUGAAAGAGGAAGACCCGAAGAUAAACUGGAGUUUAUGUUUCGCCUCUAUGACACAGAUGGGAAUGGCUUCCUGGACAGCUCGGAACUAGAAAAUAUAAUCAGUCAGAUGAUGCAUGUCGCAGAGUACCUUGAAUGGGAUGUCACUGAACUUAAUCCAAUCCUCCACGAAAUGAUGGAAGAAAUUGAUUAUGAUCAUGAUGGAACAGUCUCCCUGGAGGAAUGGAUCCAAGGAGGAAUGACAACAAUUCCACUUCUUGUGCUCCUGGGGUUGGAAAAUAACGUGAAGGAUGACGGACAGCAUGUGUGGCGACUCAAGCACUUUAACAAACCUGCGUACUGCAAUCUUUGCCUGAACAUGCUGAUUGGUGUGGGGAAGCAGGGUCUCUGCUGUUCCUUUUGCAAGUACACAGUGCAUGAGCGCUGUGUGGCUAGAGCGCCGCCUUCUUGCAUCAAGACGUAUGUGAAGUCCAAGAAGAACACUGAUGUCAUGCACCAUUACUGGGUUGAAGGUAACUGCCCAACCAAGUGUGAUAAGUGCCACAAAACAGUUAAAUGUUACCAGGGAUUGACAGGACUGCAUUGUGUUUGGUGUCAGAUCACACUGCAUAAUAAAUGUGCUUCUCAUCUCAAACCUGAAUGUGACUGCGGACCUCUGAAGGACCAUAUCUUACCACCCACAACAAUCUGUCCAGUAGUGCUGACUCUGUCCACUUCAGGAGUUUCAGUCCCUGAGGAAAGACAAGCAACAGUGAAAAAGGAAAAAGGUAGUUCCCAGCAGUCAAAUAAAGUAACUGACAAAAACAAAAUGCAAAGAGCCAACUCCGUGACCGUGGAUGGGCAAGGCCUACAGAUUACUCCUGUUCCUGGUACUCAUCCACUGUUAGUUUUUGUGAACCCCAAAAGUGGUGGGAAACAAGGAGAACGAAUUUACAGAAAAUUCCAGUAUCUGCUAAAUCCUCGUCAGGUGUACAGUCUUUCUGGAAAUGGACCAAUGCCAGGGUUAAACUUUUUCCGUGAUGUUCCUGAUUUCAGAGUGUUGGCCUGUGGUGGAGAUGGAACUGUGGGGUGGAUUUUGGACUGCAUAGAAAAGGCUAAUGUUGUCAAGCAUCCUCCAGUUGCUAUUCUGCCUCUUGGGACUGGCAAUGAUCUAGCGAGAUGCCUGCGAUGGGGAGGAGGUUAUGAAGGUGAGAAUCUGAUGAAAAUCCUAAAAGACAUUGAAAACAGCACAGAAAUCAUGUUGGACAGGUGGAAGUUUGAAGUCAUACCUAAUGACAAAGAUGAGAAGGGAGACCCAGUGCCUUACAGUAUCAUCAAUAAUUACUUUUCCAUUGGCGUGGAUGCUUCCAUUGCACACAGAUUCCACAUCAUGAGAGAAAAACAUCCAGAAAAAUUCAACAGUAG